AACAUAAUCGAGCCCCGAGCCCGGAUGGAGAACACGCAUGCGCAUGCGACACGCUUUCCGCUCGGAUCUGGAAGUGCCUCAGUGUGAAAAUGGCAGAAAGUAAAGAGGAAUCAAAGUUGGAUCUAAUCAGCAGAUGUAUCCGACCGUUCCCCGACUUCCCAAGUGAAGGGAUUCUCUUCAGAGAUAUCUGCCCUAUAAUGAAAAGUCCAGCAGCACUGACGGCAGUGAUCGAUCUGUUUGAACAACACGUCCUAGAGUGCCACCCGGUGGUUGAUCUGAUAGUUGGUAUUGAUGCUCGUGGGUUCCUCUUCGGCCCUCUUCUGGCACAGAGGUUAGGGGUAGGCUUUGUUAUGGUGAGGAAGAAAGGCAAGCUGCCAGGGCCUACUGUGUCUGUGGCGUACACGUUGGAGUAUGGCACGGCUGAAGCUGAAGUUCAGGAAGAUUCUGUGUCCCCUGGACAGAAAGUUAUUCUUAUUGAUGAUCUUUUGGCCACUGGAGGGACCCUGUUUGCUGCAUGCGAACUGAUGAAGAAGCUACGUGCCGAGGUCCUUGGAUGCUUGGUGGUGGUGUCGCUCAAGGACUUGAGCGGUGCAGACAAACUGAAGCCACACACCGUUUUCCCACUUAUUCAGUAUUGACCCUCUCUUAGUAAUAUAUUUUUUUUUUUGCUAGCAGCAUGAUCAGAUGUGAUAAAUAAUCAAUACAUUUUCUUCCUUCCACAUACAUCAUACAUCACCCAUGGGUUUCGGCAAGGGUCCUAAUUCUAAUGAUUGUAAAUCUUUGUAUUAGUAUGCAAAUAGAAAAAAAAUUUGAGAGUGCAUGCAGUGCGUACAACUAGGCCUACCUUGUAACUACCUUGUACAGUGUUGUUUAUAUUGAACCGUGUGUGUGUGUGUGUGUGUGUGUGUGUGUGUGUGUGUGUGUGUGUGUGUGUGUGUGUGUGUGUGUGUGUGUGUGUGUGUGUGUGUGUGUGUGUGUGUGUGUGUGUGUGUGUGUGUGAUGUUUGUUGCUUCCUAUCAACACUUGCCCAAUGCAAACAUGUUGCCGAAUAAGUUAUUUGUUCUAUUGUAAAACUGCAUUCUUAUUUUCCUUAUUAGGUUGUACCACAACGUAAACAGGCUCCAGUCUCCCCUACAUGCAUAGAACACCAUCCCCAUCCAGACCUAGAGCCGAACUGUUUGAAUCGUUACAUCCUGCAGAAAAUCAACAACAUUUAAAAAGCUGACCAUGGACCUUUGACGCAUAGUACAGAGGAAGAGUCAUUUUGUCUAAAUUAAAAUCAGAACAGUGAGGUUUUGUUAUAUUAAAGGACCCAAAUCAUUAAGAAAUUAGAAAUAAACGUUUUUCUGAUUUUGCGGUACUCCGGAUAUGGCAGUAAUUUCCUGCUUCGACAGUUUGUUGUCAUCUGACCGCCCCUUGCCUGAAGCGGGAGACAUGGCAACCCCAACUUCCUUUGAGGGUCCCUCAUACUGGGAUGAAAGCAUCAUCUUAAACUCAACAAACGUCGCUGGGUCCUCAAAGACGAGCCCCAUCCUCAUAACCUGUAAAACAUUGCAUUCAAAUAGCCAUUUUGUGUUUUUUAACAAAUAACUUCUGAAUCCCUCUUCCUUGUACAUAUGUCAAGUGUGUCAACAAUCAUUUACAAUUUUUACAUUUUAUUAUGUUUAAUGCAAAUGUUUUACAAAGUAAAAGAAGGGCCUGUUUUCAUUGG